CACUUGACGGUCGUCUUGUCUCUGUGCCUCCAUCGUGUGUCUCUCCGCUGCUGGUGCUGCUGUUGCUGUUGGUGCUGCUGCUAUCGACUGGCAUCGUCCUAAGCCACAAAAUCGAGCUCGGCCGAGUCAAGAACAAGCGUAGAAACAGCUUAAUAUGAUCCAGCUCAAAUCACUUCUGAAGGUCAUCGACAACUCGGGCGCGCUGGUGGUCGAGUGCAUCAACGUCAUCGGAGCCGGACGCCACGCCUCGAUCGGCGACGAGAUUGUCUGCGCCGUCAAGCGCGCUCGUCCGCUGUCGGCUGCGAUGACUACCGGUGCUUCGCAAGCAUCCGUCGGCAAGCUCAAGAAGGGUGAUGUCUCUCGCGCUCUGGUCGUUCGAACAGCAAAGGAGGUCCGCCGACUGGACGGCAGCUACAUCAAGUUUGACGACAAUGCCUGUGUCAUGCUCAACAAGCAGGGCCAGCCCCUCGGCAACCGUGUCCUGGGUGUGAUCGGAAGCGAGUGUCGGCAGAAGCGAUGGGCAAAGAUUGUGUCGAUGGCCCCGCGUGUGGUAUAACUCCACGAACAGCAAGACUCUCGGUGGGGCCACUGUCGGAGCGGCACACGCACAUACACAGCGGAUCGCCACACUGAUCCAUGCCUCGUUCGCUCAAGGCUCUCAUCGACCGCUCCAUGCUUUCUUGGUUUGUCAAUUCACCCGAUCGUUUCCCACCAUCUCUCUCCGGCAGUGCUUGAAAUAUAACACCAAUACUUUGUAC